AUGUCCCUUCUACAGCAUUGCACCCGCCGCCUCACGGCCGCUCUAUCUCGACUUCCUGGCGCCCGCCAUGCCGCCCAGCAUCGCGCUGCGGACGCGGCAGCCCACCCUCCGAAGACGCCUAGCCACCGCGGCCUCUCCGACCCCAUCUCCAUCAGACCCCAACCCGCCCGCGCCAUACUUCACCCCCGCACAACCGAAUCCGGAGAGCCCAUGCGCAUCUCCCUCAGCCCCCGCGCGGCCCAUCGCCUCUCUAAAAUCGCCACCGACGACAACAACGCCAACACCGCACUGCGCGUAACCGUGGAAAGCGGCGGCUGCCACGGCUUCCAAUACCUCAUGUCUCUGACAGACUUGAACAAGGAGCCCGCGACCGAGGAAGACACCUUGUUCGAAGGAGACAGGGGCGCAAAAGUCAUCAUCGAUGAAAGUAGCUUGGAAUUGCUCAACGGGAGUACCGUCGACUACACGAUGGAGCUGAUCGGCAGCCAAUUCAAGGUGACAGGUAUCCCGGGCGCGACGAGUAGCUGUGGGUGUGGCACGAGCUUCGACAUCAAGUUGUAA